AUGAACUCGAAUCACAUCUUGAAUGUGCAGCUGAAAAGUCACCUCGAUUUAGCAUGCGGUGAGUUAAGGGACACCCAGGAAAAUGUAAAAGAGAAGAUCACAUAUUUUCACAGACUUGAAGAGAGGUUAAAUAUUUUAGACGAGCGACUUGAAGAGAAAGUAGAUCACACCCAACAUCAGCUUCGAAACAGUGUAGAUUUCCUGCAGCAGCAAUACCAACGGAGAGUUGGUAUCCUUCAAGAGCAGCUUGAACAAAAAGUAAAAACGUGCCAAACAAAACUAGAGCAGAAAAUUAUUAUGAAGCGCACAAUGUUUUGGGCUUGUUUGGUGUUGGGACUUGUGUUUUUAACAUUUUACCUGACGAAACUUGAAAAGAAUGUCGACAUAUUAAAGGUGGAUACAGAGGAAUCCCGCAUUUUUAUAUGGAAGAUAACAAGCUUUGAAGACAAAUUGAGAGAAGGAAAAAUCCAAAAAAAUUGGGUCAUUCAAAGUGAUCCGUUUUACGGGUAUGGCUACAAAUUGAUACUACAGUUGUACCCAAAUGGCUGUGGCGUUGGAAAGGACACUUAUCUCUCCAUAAGUAUUGGUGUAUUGAAAGGUGAAUAUGACGCCAUAUUCCCCUGGGGGCUCUCAAAGCCAGUAAUAUUUGCGUUAAUCGAUCAGCAAGAUAAUCCAAAUCAACGACAAAACCUUGUUAUGGGAUUUCUUGCAGACCCAAAUAAUGCAGUCUUUAAAAAGCCCGUAGAAGAGAAAAACAGUUUAAUGUAUGGAUUUCUACAAUUUGUAUCACAUAAUGACCUCAAGACAAGACGGUUUGUUGUUGACGACACCUCAUUCAUCAAAGUUCAGUUAGAUUCACCCAAAGCUAAAAAGUUAUGGUUUUAG